UUGAACUCGUCCUCUGUCCUUGUGACUGCCACUAAUUCUUUGGCAUUAUCUUCGAUCUCUGAAUGGUUAUCACUCGAACCAAACCAGGAGCAAAUUAUGAUCAAAUAUUGCUGGAUGAUACGAGAGAGGAACGGGAUCGCAUCGUACCUAUUGUGAAAGCCAGAACGGGACCAGGCUUAGGAUUUCGCAUCAAAGGCACGACCGGUAUCGAGCCGAUAUGCACAUUCAUUGCAUCUCAGAGGCUUGGCAACAACGACUUUAGCGAAGAAGCCGCGCGCAAGGCAUCCUGUCUUCAGCCCAAGAUCUUCAAGGAGACUCUGCAGACCAUUCAGCUUGUGCUUACCUCGUAUGAAGAGGAGAAACUCCGGGAGCAAGAGAUAUCUUAUGAUGCCCUCGUGACGCAACACAAGUUCAACCGUGGAGAGUUUAUGGUCUCGUGUAUGCGAAGAGCGGAGCGGGUGCUCUCUCAGAGCGGGAAGCUGGGGAGGAAUUUAGUACUUCCGAACGACAUGAUUACUGUCGCCGUCUUUGUCUGGGUGUGUCGGCUACUCAAGAGACAGCGCAAAGUCAAUCAGAAUGCACUUAUGGAGCAGUACGACAUAGACCAAGACGAGAUCUUUGAGAUCUUUGAAGCAUUAGAGAAAUCGUGUCAGCGGCUCGCACAAGAUAUUGCUGCAGAAGUCCAGGCAAUGAGAGAUGGCCCAGCUGCUGACUCCGGAGCAAUCAGUCCUGCCAAGCGAUCCAUCUCGCGCUCGCCCCAUAAGCCCCUGCUGCGUAAUCACUCUGCUACACCAGCCCAGACGCCCACUCAGAAGCGCAAGGCCAGGUUCGCAGCAGAGCAGCCGGAAGAUGACGCGAUGUUGGUCGAUGAGACUCCGCUGAAGAAGCCACGGACGUCUCCUCGCAAAUCGAAAGGUGAUUUCGAUCGGAACGCCUUCUCCGCAUUUCAAGCUGCUCUUCGUACCCCCGGUCGUCCCGAGGGAGGCCUAUCAUCAACACUGCAAGCGUCAUCGUCGCAGCUUACCCUGGACCUGCUCAAUAGCGCCGCCGACGGAGGCAGCGAUGAAGAAGCUGCCAGGACAGAAGAUGACGCUCUGUCUGAACUCGUCGGCGUCUCAACGACGGAUGUCGAGAUGACAAAUGGUGCCGAAACCGACGGGCCUUCAGCGGCCUCCGCGCGUUUCGCACCUAUGACUCCCCGCCGCGUAGAACGUAUACCCCGCCCUGUAUUCCACGGCCAUCCACAGACUCCUACGACACCACGCACGAUGACUGCGGCCCCUCCGGGGAGGGCGUCACCGAAAAAGAUGAAAGCGCAUGAAUACACCAAAGAAGAAGAACCACCAAGGAGGCAUCGCCCAAUUCUGCUCGGCCAUUGGCAAUGGUUCCGUCCAGAUGCCAGAGCCGUGCUUACUGGGGCUUAGAAGAUACGCUGACCAUGGACCCGUGGAGGACUCGUUUUGGAUAGCACGGUUCAAGCAUUGCACUUUGGACAAUAUAGUGUAGAUUCACGCCCUUCGCUCAGGUUUGCUUCCGUUCUCCACUCGAGCUCGUACGUAAGCGCUAGCUUGCCAAGAUCGCGUUUCCAUCCCGCCACCAUGUCGAUGAAUGCCCCUGCAAGCACAGACGACCAUGAGAGCGAGAAAUUGCC